AUGAAGGGCCCUGUGGCAACCCUUAAACCUGAAGAAGGGCCUAGGUUCAUAGGACCUGACACUCCUAUCGACUCCUGGCCCUCCGUGUACAUCAAGGAGGAGCUCCUCGAACCGGCGGACAACAACAACUCGAACUCGCCGGACCCGCUCAAGACUGGGGGCAAGGUCACUCAUGGAGAAGCACUUGACGAUCCGAGCGUCGCCCACACCGACCUUUCUGACGGAGAAGUCCGCGUGGAAGUGUCCAGCUCGACCAACGGCGCCGUCGCCGUGAACGCCUCGCCAGCACAGCACGACUCCUUCCUGGCCCUCUGCGUCGACGCCAACGACCAGCCGCAGGAUGUUUGUGGUGACAACGGCCGCGUGACCCCCGUGGACCGCGACAGCAAGCUGUCCCCGGCCGCCCGCAACAGCCCUGAGUUCGUCUCCACUUACAUCCAGCAGCUCGACAACUACCCCGCCGCCCAGGCCCCGCCCCCGCAGUGGUACAGCUACAGCAGCAGUCAGUGGGCGCCCUACGGCUACCUCCCGCCCGCGCCCCCGACGGCAGUCUACACCGCCAACUACUACGCCCCGCAGCCGUACCCCGCCGGCCCGCAGUCACCACAGCAAAUCUACUCCGGGCAGCACGUCACCUACUACGCGGCGCCGCCUCCGCCCGCGUUCUCGCACCCCGGCUGGGGCCCUCCCCCCCACAGCCCCAACCCCGCCAAUGCCCCGUCGCCCACCCUGCCUCCGCACGGCCAGUCGGGGCCGCUGCCGCCCUUCAGCCACCCUCAGCGUGGCUCCUUCACCUACAGCUCCCCGAUCUACCACCCGGCCUCCACCUCCCACCUGGACGAGGCCGAGACCCAUACCGUCCACACGACGCACUCCGGACAGACCUCGCACUCCACGAUGCACGGCCAGACCAGCUUGUCGCCCCACUCCCCCCCGGCCCACACUACGCACCUGCCCCCCCUGGGCCACAACGCCCACCUGUCCGCUCCCCACCCGGCCAGCCUCCCGCACCACGUGACCCAAAGCGCCGCGUCGAUGGGCCUGAACAGCGUGAAGUGCGAGCCGAGGGAAGUGACGAGCACCAGCAGGAACACCGACCAAGGAAUGCCCGCCUCCACCGGACGCUCCUCCACGCGGGUCUUCAGUUCUGCACUCGAGGCCACCUGCGCUCUCUGCGGGGUCAAGUUUGCAUCUUCCGGGCACUUGAAGCGGCACCUGCAAGCCCAUGGUGCCAACAGGAGGUUUCGGUGCCACGCCUGCGACUGCGCCUACAGCCGCCAGGACAACCUCAGAAAGCACGUGGCAGCCGCCCACGAGAACCACAACGCAGCAAACUAA